AUGAAAAUAAUCUUAAUUUAAAAAAUUUGUUUAAUGAAAAAAUUAAAAAUAUUAAUUUAAGUGUAAAUUCAAUGGCCAUAGCUAAUGAAGAAAAUUACAAAAAAAUAAUAAAUGAAGUACUUGAAGCUAAACAUAGAAAAAAUAAGACUUCAUUAGACUACAGACGUUUGAAUCGCUACGAUAUUAUAAAAGUAGGUGAAAUUAAUAAAUUAAUAUUUCCAUUACAUAAAUCAGAAAAUAAUGAAGUUAAAUACUAUUUACAUAACGACGAAAUAUAUGAUGUUCUUGAAAAGUCACAUAAAGAAACAGGGCAUGGUGGACUUCAUAAAAUGAUUUAUCAUUUAAAAAAUGGUUAUGUUAAUAUAUCACGUCCUGUUAUUCAAUUAUAUUUAAACAAUUGUGUAACGUGUUUAAAAAAAAGAGUUUCAAAAAAAAGAGGAGUAGUUGUUAAACCUAUGGUAUUUAAUGAAGUCAAUGCUCGUGGACAGGUCGAUUUAAUCGAUAUGCAGUCAUGUCAUGAUGGUGGGUACAAAUUUAUAUUAAAUUACCAGGAUCAUUUAUCAAAAUUUGUAAUAUUGCGUGCUCUUAAAACAAAAACUGCAGCUGAAGUAACAUAUCAUUUAAUUGAUAUAUUUUGUACUUUUGGAGCACCUUCAAUUCUUCAGUCAGAUAACGGCCGUGAGUUUGUUAAUUGUAUAAUUGAUGAAUUAAAAAAUAUGUGGCCACAACUUAAAAUUAUACAUGGGAAACCUUGCCACUCUCAAAGUCAAGGAAGUGUUGAAAGGGCAAACAGAGAUGUGCAAGAUAUUCUAAGGGCAUGGAUGUCGGACAAUAAAUCCAAUAAAUGGAGUGAAGGUCUUCGAUUUUGCCAGUUUCAAAAAAAUAGCAGCUAUCAUUCUGGUAUUAAGCAAUCACCAUUUGAGGUAUUAUUCGGCAGAAAAGCACAACUUGGCCUCACUUCUAGUGCACUAUCUGAGAAUAUACUCAAAACAUUAAAUUCUGAGAAUGAUUUAGAGCAAGCAAUUUCUUCACUAGAGCUAAUUAAUUAUGAAUUAAACAAAAGAGAAGUAAGUGAAGAUAAUAUUUUGGAACAGGCUUUAACUGAAAGUGAAGAUAAUAUUUUAGAGCAGGUCUCAACUGUAAAUGAAUCUGUAUUAGAAGAAAUUACAAUUGUGCAAGGUAAAAUAAAUAAAAAUAAAAAGCUAGCUGUAAGUUCAUUACAUCACCAAGCAAAGCGAAUGAAAAUUGAUAGUAUCUUGAAGUAUCCAAUCGUUUCAAUCGGUACAAAUGUAACAUUGCCUGUACUAGAUGUUGAUGGAAGUAAGGAAGAUUCGAGAAAUAUCAUAGGUGUUAUAAUAGAAAUAACGACGGACGACUUGUAUAAAAUCGGUACUAAAAAUGGCAUUAUUGCACAACUUACUAUUCAGUCGUAACCAAUUUUCAUCUACUGAUGGGGUAAAUAUAUUAAAUAUAAAUGAUAUACCUACUGAUAAAAUUUCUUUAAGAGUGGCAAAUACGAAAGAAUCAAUGUUUGAAGGGCAAGGUUUUUUGAAAUGUUUUUAUACAUGGAAAUGCUAUAAUAAUAAAAAAUGUAUAUGUAAAAAAAAAAUGUAUUAUGCAACUCACGCUAUCAUAACUCACUUGAUUUUAAAAAUAAAUAAUGAUAAAUUAUGUAUAAUUAUAUUUGAUUUUAGUAAUAUGUAG